AUGCAAGCAGGACAGGCACCACAACCACAACCACAACCACCACCUCCUCCUCCGCCGCCGCCGCCGCCGGUGCCGUCAACGCGACAGCAGAUGCGCGCCUCGGGAAGCUUCUCCUCAAGACCAGGAGCUUCGAGCCCGCCGUUCGACCCGUCGAGAAAACCCCUGGCGCCUGCGCGGCCCCCUCCGCUGCGCGUCGACUCGUCCGCAAGCGAAGGCAGCGGCGACGCUCCGUCCUCCGUCAGCGUCCUCAGGGCCCGCCGGAGACCGGAUUCACCCGCCACGCCCAUCUACAACCAGUUUUCGACGGCGCACGCCCGCCUGAGCAGCUCCAGUAUGCACCAGAACACUCCGCGGCUGGCAGGCCCGAAUCGCCUGGUCGCGGCUGGCCCGUCGUCGGAGCUCUUGAAGAACCAUUCGAGGAAACACUCGGCUACCCCGGGCCUGUUCGACUCGACGCUUCCGUCGACGAGCACGUCCAACCUCUCCCAGGUGAGCAUGUCGUCGACUGGAGCUGGGGCUGGAGCGGGCGCGGGCGCGGGCGCCGCGGCGGCGGCGGCGGCGGCGGCGGCGGCGGCUGCAGCAUCGUCCUCGGGCACGUCUUUGCCGGCUAGCCAGAUUGCCGCGCAAGCAGCUGCCGCUUCGCAUCAAAACGGCUCCCACGCACGCCAGCGCUCCCAGACGGUGCCGUUCCUGAGCGAAGGAGCGGACGGUGUCCGGCGAGGCAGCGGCACCAAGUUGCCGAUGAACCCCCCGAUUCUGAGCCUCACCGAGGCGAGCGCGCCGCGGGAAUCCGGGUUCGCGAGCGCAGGAGGCCAGCUUCACGACAAGGCGGCUGGGUCGCGCUCUUCCGCGGCAGCGACCGCCGCUGCAAACGUCGUCUUUCCCCGUUCCGGGCCCAACUCGCCGAGGGAUAAAUCUACGUCGCCGCAGCCGUUCCCACCCAUGCCUCCGCCGCCGGUCACCACCAUCCCCGAAAAGAGCAAGGCGGAGAGGUCCAAGCACAAGCUUUUUUCUCGGCCCGGCAAGAGCAGCAGCAGCAGCAGCAGCAAGGCCGAGUCCAAGGACAAGCACACCCAAAGUCCUGGCAAGAUAGGGAGCGCCCUGUCUGCGCUUCAACGGGGCAACUUCAGCACGGCCAGCCUCGUGGAUCCUCCCGCAGCCUCCUCCUCCUCCUCCUCCGCCCUUUACAGCUUGAACAACUCGUCGUCGGCAACGAUUCGGCCGGCCGAGACGUUUUCCGAAGAGAGGGUCAAGGAGAAGGAAAAGAAGCAUCAUUUCCUCUCGAGGCAGAAGCAGAAGCUCAAGGACGAGUACCAUCUGCCCCUGUCGUCGGCGGCGAGCAAUUCCAAGCCGACCGACCCAAACGCGCCAAGCAGUUUGUACAACUUCAACCUUCCCCCAAGCCCGGGGCCUGGAGUCCCCGCCUUUCCCAAGACGAAGAGGGACAAGAAGCUGGCCGAGCGGUCCGACAGCCGUCUCGACAGCGAGUCGACUUUCAACCUGACGGGCGAUUGGUCUGCCGCCGUCGCGCUGCCUCCGCUAGCUCAGCAGCCAACGUUCUUUGACCCCGCCGAUCCCGGGAGGCCCGUGACGCAGCAUAACCUGAGCCCUGACGAGGCCUGGCCGUACCUAAAGUCCAAGCUCCUAGUGGUCUUCGAGGGCGAAGACCUCCGCCUGCCCGUGGAGGAUUUCAACCGCGUGAUGCAGACCCACAUCCAGUGGUGCAUUCACAAACGGAGUCCAAACGCAAUGCUGGACGACCUGAGAGAGCUGUUGGCGACCGGCUUUUCCGUGCUGGAUCGGACGCUUCGCCUAGCCUCGGAAGAUCGCUUCAUACCGACCUUGGUCGAGCUCUGGCUCUUCACCUUUACGUCUAUCCUACCCUACAUGCAGUCCGUGUUCCUGCCCCUGGAGCUCGAAGUCUCUGGAUGCGGAGUCAUCAUGACGGCCGACCAAGCCCGGGAUUUCUGGGGCGGAGUCGUUGCCGCGUCCGGGCCGUCGUUGUCGUCGUCGUCGUCGUCGUCGUCGUCGUGUUCGGACAAGAAGCCGCCGGCAAAGGUGGCGCCAGCCGCGAGUGUGCUCGACGUGCGGCGGUUGGUCCUCACCGCGUAUCGGGACAUUGUCGUCCUGCCUCGCUACGAGGUUCUCAAGACCAUCUUCUCCCGGCUCUCCCUCGAGUUUCUGCCUUGGUCGUUUGCCGGCGUGGCGCUGGCGUUGCCCCCGCUGGAGCACGCCCUGUCGACGUCGCCGUCCGAGUCGCAGCCGGCGGGAGCUCGCCCGGGGACCGCCAUGUCCAUCGACCCUUCCUCCGUGGGGAGCUACAACUCGACGAGCACCACCCUCUUAGGAGACGGUUCCGAAAGAGGACGCAGCCGAGCGGUCAGCAACGUCAGCUUUGGCAGUCACGGGAGCGACGGCCCCGGUUCCAUCCGGCCUUAUACCCCGUCCUCCAACCUGCCUGUUUUGAGCAGGGUCCGAGAACAGAACGUGGAAGACUCGAAGCAGGUCACGGACAUGGUUGGUCGCAUGUUGCAGUGCAUGAGCGUCCUGUCCAGUAUUGGAGGCGUUGGAGGCGUUGGUGACGUUGACGACGAGGGCAACAAGGUGGAUGAGCUGUGCAAGAUGUUGAAGCUCAAUUGGUUGGGACGAGGGAGGACGGGAAGGAAUCGUAGGGGAAUCGUAGGUGGGAGGGUGCGGCGAGAAGAGACCAGAGAAGAGAUGCGUGUCGCUUGA